AUGUUCUCUAGCGUUGUCUGGCUCGGUCUCUCUGCCGCGUUGUGCUUGCUGUCUAAGGGGGCGAGGGCCGCAAGACUGGUCGAUUUCCAAGUCGCGCAGCCGCCGCCUCUCCCGCAGGACGCGCAACAGUGCACCAUCCGGAUCCUCGAGCGCACCUUUGCGUUCUCCUUUGGAGAUGCGGAGGUUGUGCAGUUCACGCCUCCAAGUGAAUGCGGCGAGCCAGGCUCGUGGAGCGGCAUCAGCCUGAACUUGACCGUCACCUCGAACGGCACGCAGUUCGACCGCCUGGGCAUCUUUACCUUCCACAACGUCGAAAUCUGGCGCACGUCGACGCCGGAGCCCACCCGAGGCGAUGGCAUCAUCUGGACGUACCUCAAGGACGUCACGCGCUACCUCCCGCUCUUCGCAAAGCCCGGCACCUUCAUCCUCCAGCUCGACAACCUCAUCGAGACCGGCCUCGACGGCGAAUACGCGACUACCGUCGAUGCGACGUUCUUCGCGUCGUCAGCGGCACACCCGCCCGCACCGCGCGCGGACUUGAUCGUGCCCAUCUCGACGCUCGCCAACAACACCGGAAACGACGCCUCCGUGCCUCCGGGCUUCUCGCUCAACGUGACUCUCCCCCAGAACGCAGUCGCAGCUUAUGCCGAGCUGUAUGCGUCCGGAAACGGAGACGAGGAGUUCUGGUACUUCAACGUCGCGAACCAGUUCCUGCCUGACCUCCCAUCGGGCACCACGUUUGGACAAGGCCCGUUCCGCGAGGUGCGCAUCCUGGUCGACGGCCAAGUCGCAGGCAUCGCAUUCCCGUACGCCGUCAUAUUUACCGGCGGGAUCAUACCCACCGCAUGGAGGCCGAUCACGUCCUACGGCGCGCUCGACCUCCCGACGUACUUCCUGGACCUCACGCCGUUCAUCCCCGUCCUCACGGACGGUGCGGCGCACAACAUCACGCUCGACGUCGCCUCCGCUGAGGUGGACCACGCGAUCAACCAGAACUGGUUCGUCUCGGGCCUACUCCAGGUCCUGCUCGACUCGUCGAACGCACGCACGACGGGGAACAUCACGGUCUACGACGUCGCCCCGUUCGCGCGCGCGACGUCGACCGGGAGCGCGGGCGCGGGCGGCGACCUGAACGUCACAUUGACCACGACGCACAGCGUGCACAUCGAGGCGGACAUCGUCGCCGGGAGCGGGAAGCGCACGAAGGUGGUGUUCACGCAGGACCUGGCCUUCUCAAACACGCAGACCUACCUGGACAACGCGUCCGUCCAGAACGUGCUCCAGGUCUCGUCCGGCAGCGUCCUCUCGACGCACAACGGCGCGACGGUCCUGCGCGACGCCUUCUCCUACCCGCUCGCCAUCAACUUCUCCGCGUCUCCGGACGGGUCCAACAUCGCCGCGACGUUCGACCACUCGUACGAGCGCACGCUGCUCCCCAGCCCGUUCAUCCUCGGCUCCACCAUCCACGAGCGCCAGCUCGCCGGCGGCGCCUUCCACCUCGCGUCGACGGGCAACUCGGGCUCGAACGGCACCAGCAACAACACCUUCACCUACGCCGACGCCGCGCGCAACACCUUCGACCGCCAAGUCAACGCCUUCGUGAACAACAUCACGUUCGACCACCAAAGCGGCAGCCUCGCGCCCGCCACCACCACCACCACCAACGCCCGCGCGCCCGCGUCCGUCCCGCUCGCGCAGGCGGUGAUGAGGGUGCGGCUCCCCGGCGGCAGGACGGUUGGGAAUUGAAAUAUCAUAUCGACACCGCCGCGACCGAGCGCACACAUGACACCGCACAGCCGAUUUUAUUCAGUAUUAUUGUAUCAGAUCCACUAUACGAAAGUCAAUCCACACGACGGCCCUCGCGCCCCUAUCCCGAC